AUACAAAAAAGAACACCCAAGCGUUUUCUGAAAUCAAGCCAAGCGCUUCUUCUUCCUAGGUAGUUGCCAUUCACCCAGAUACGCUGUCAUUGUAUCGGUGUGUGAACAGCUGGCAGUAGGCAAACAGCUGACAGAAUAUUUGAAUUUACUUAAAUUACCUUUUCCAAAAAUUAUGUACGAACUGCGCAAACUUUGCCGCACUUGUGGAAAGAAUGCCGAUGAAACUAUGGGCGCCGAACUAUUCGAACAAUCGAAUGAACAGCUGCUAAGUGUUUUGGAAGACUUAACAAAUUUGUUUCUGGAAUAUGAUAAUACUUUGCCUGAAUGUGUUUGCCAUGAGUGCAAGACAUUCUUGAACCAAAUAGUCGAAUUUCGUACGAAAUGCUUGAAAACCCAUAAGGAACUUUUGGAAAGAAAGUGCAAAGAAAUACAGGAAUCCGACAAACACGAUGAUAAUGAAGUUGCUUACGGGGCAGCGGAAAUAGAUGAAUUGCAUACUGAAGUUGAUCUCGAUACUGAGGCAAUCGAGGCUGAAAUAGAGCUAGACGAAAUAGAACAAGAAGUGAUCAAUCCCCCGUCCCCGGUGAAGAAGACAAAAAAAUCUCCAAAAAAGUCAAUAAAACGCAAGAAAAGUCAGAAAACCUGGAUUUGUGAGCUCUGCGGUGGGGAAUUUAAAUGUUCCACUUAUUUGAAACUCCAUUUACUGCGUCAUACUGGUAAGAAAGAUGUUGAAUGCGACAUCUGUCAGGCCAAGUAUUAUACGGAAAACGAAAUGAGGCGUCAUAGGAUACUCCACACAGAUGCCAGACCAUAUGCCUGCCGAUAUUGCAACAAAACGUUCCGCGGUUGCAGCAGCAAGGUUGUACACGAAAGAACUCACACAAAUGAGCGUCCAUUUGCCUGCCAGUUUUGCGAUAAAACCUUCCGAUCCACAUCGUCGAAACAAAACCACGAGAAGAUCCAUUUGAAUAAUCGAAAUUUUCAUUGCGAGACCUGUGAUCAGUGGUUUCUACGUUCAUCACACCUACUUUUACAUCGGCGCACCAAAUUGCACAUGAAACGAGUCAACAAUGACAAUACUAAUUCUUAAUUAGACUAAUAUAGUUUUUAGAUAAUAAAAGAUUGUAUUAUAACUUUAA